AUGUCUGGACCCUUGGAGUCAGAGUUUUUAUUAAUCAGAAGGCGGGACUUAGAGCGUCUGACCACGGAAGUGAUGCAGAUGAAGGAGUUUCUGCCCAAGAUCCUUAAUCAAGAUCUGCUGGAGAGUGUACAGCGGCUGGAGGUGGCUGAGAGCGCUUUGGAGGAGAGAGAACAGGACUGUGAACAUAUCCAGGCCCGAUUACAGGCGACUCAGAAUGAAUGUUUAAGAGCCAAAGAAGAGAAUCUGUCUCUGCUUCUCCAGGUGACUGAGCUCCGAGAACAGAAUGUCCAGCAGGUUGACUUCUGCUCUGAGAUGGGGUCUGCGCUCUGCACAUUGUUGUGGGGAGUCUCUAACAGGGAGGAGACAGUAAGGAGCAUCCUAGGAAUGGAUACGACCGCCGAGUUCUUCAGCUUGGCCGGGCAGACUGUGAGCAGGUUUGUGGAGUCCUUUGCAGUCGAUCAGAAUGAAGACACAGAAGAAAGUCGCUUUGUCCUUGGUCUGGCGGGUACCAUCACAAACGUGGCUGCUGUGUCCUGUGGACGGAGUUUCCUGAUGUCUUCCUGCAGAGAUCUGAUGGAGAAGUGGAUCCUGCUUCUCAGAGAGAUCCGGUCCGGGAGCCACUGCCAGCUGAGAGUUCUCAUCCUGAUGUCUCUUUACAAUGUCUCCAUUCAUCAUGACGGUCUUCUGUGGAUGAGUCGGUAUCCGGGAAUUAUGUCUCAGCUUCAGCAGCUUCUGACGGAUCCUGACAAUGAAGUCUGUCUCCACACCCUGCGUCUCAUCCAGUCCUUGGUUCUUGAGCCGGAUGUUCUGCACAUGUUAUGGGAAGAAGUCCAGCAAUGCCUGCCCCGCAUCACGGAGCUGUCCCAUACAGCCAACUCAGAACUGCGGAAGAUGGCGUCAGAGUUACUGGAGGAGCUGAAGGACCCAAUGGUGGAGGGUUAAUCUGCCUGUGAUGUCAUCUUCUCACUCCUCAUGUCACAAACAAACGAUAUCAUUGUAAGGUUGUGAUAAACAUGGCAUAGAGAAUUUUUUUAGCUGUUAUGUCGUACAACAUGCUGUGAUGUCACUAGUCGAUGAUUUGGGAUUUCACUACCAGAUGCUGUAAUGUUCCUGGGAUAUGAUGUCACUUUAUGUAACAUUCUGUACCUGUGAUGUCAUUACCAGAUAAUGUCACAUCCCUGCACUGUGAUGUCAAGGUUGAUGGCACAUUCCUAGGCGGUGAUGUCACUGUCUGAUUUUAUGUUGCAGAUGUUUCCAUGUUCUUUAGUUUACAUGAUAUAACAUUUAUUGACUGUGAUGCCACUACCUAAUGAGGUCACACUUCUCAGCUGGGAUGAUGAUGAUGCCAUGUUCCUUGGUUCUGAUGUCACUACCAGAUGUUGUCUUGUUCCUUGAAUAUGAUGUCAGAUUCCACAGUUAUGAUGUCACAAGUACACG